CAUUAAACGACUCUGUUAAGAGUCAUCGGGUUUCUACUCACCUGAAGUUCACAGCGCUGGCUUGACCUUUGCUGACCCUUCCAUUCUUUACCACUUCCGUUCUUUACUGCAUUAUCCAACAAACAUUCGCUUUUCCAAUACCGUGACGCCCCCUUGACGACGACAAGCUGAGCAAUUAUCAAUCAUGAAGACCUCUAUUCUUCUGGGCCUCUGCUUUGGGGCCGUUUUCGCCAGCGGCGCACCUUCAUUUAGAGGCUGCGAACACCGUGUCAAGGAGAGCAUCGCUUCCCCCGCCGAAGGAUGGACACAACACUCGGCGGCACAUCCCAACUCCAUACUUAAAUUGCAGAUCUCGCUGGCCCAACCACGCUUCGGCGAACUUGAACAACACCUCAUGCAGAUCAGCAACCCUUCACACGACCGCUACGGGAUGCACCUCUCAAAGGAGGAGGUCCAGGAACUGAUGGCGCCGCACCCGGAUUCGCAUGAUGUGCUCGCUGAAUGGCUCGCGACCCAUGGCCUCGGAGCGGACACGAUGGAUCACUCGAAAGGUGGAGAAUGGGUGACGAUUAGUGUGCCGGUUAAAGUGGCUGAGGAGAUGUUCGAUACGAACUUCCAUGUCUACCAUCAUGCCGAGACGGGCACCAGUGCCAUCCGCACCCUGGAGUACAGUCUCCCCUCGAUCCUGCACAAGCAUGUCGACCUCGUCCACCCUCUGACGAUGCACGCCGCGCCUAUGGCCGCCAAGGUCCGGUACACUGGUUCCUCCUCUGAGCUGCAGCUCGACUUCUCCGACCACGGCUCUCUGGCCCGUCGCGCGAAUAGCAGCGUCGACGCGUCGUGCGCUUCCCAGAUGACACCGAGCUGCCUCCGUCAGCUGUACAAUAUCGGGAACUAUACCCUCACCUCACCCAACAGUACAAGCAUCGCAGUCACAGGGUACACGUCCGAGUGGGCGAACUACGAUGACUUCACGCAGUUCCUCCAGGAGGAGGUGCCCGCUGCGGCCGGGGCGAACUUCAGUGUUGUUUCGGUUGCUAAUGGAACGAACCAGCAGACCCAUCCUGGCUCGGAAUCCAACCUGGACGUACAAUACGCGUUCGGCCUGACUUGGCCCAUGCCUGGGAGCUUCUAUACUGUAGGCGGGUCGCAGUUUGACGGGAACUGGACGUUGGCGACUGGAACUCUUAACCUCAUCAACUACCUCCUCGCUCAAGACGAAGUCCCCCAGGUUCUGUCGACGAGUUACGGCCUGCCCGAGUCGGCCAUCUCCUUUGACGAGGCGAACAAGGUCUGCCAGGGCUUUGCUGCUCUUGGCGCCCGUGGCGUGUCCAUCCUAUACUCCUCCGGUGACUACGGCGUCGGCUACGCUGCCCCCAACACGACGACUGCGCAACCGUUCGAGCCGCAGUUCCCUGCCAGCUGUCCUUUCGUCACGUCAGUUGGCAUGACCUCUGGGAUCGAUGAGGAGAUUGCUGGCCAGUUGGACGGCUACUCGAGCAGUGGUGGAUUCAGCAACUUUUUUGCUCGUCCGUCAUACCAGAACGACAAAGUCAACGCCUACCUCUCGAACCUCGGUCAGACCUACAGCGGCUUGUACAACGCAUCCGGACGUGGCUUCCCCGACGUCUCCGCGCAAGGCGUCAACUACCUCAUCAUCGACAACCAGCGCGCGCUCAACGACACAGGCACGUCCGCGUCCGCGCCCACGUUCGCGGCGGUCGUUGCGCUCCUCAACGAUGUGCGCGCUGGGCAGGGUAAAGGACCGCUCGGGUUCCUGAACCCGUGGUUGUACAGCCAGGGGUACCAAGGCCUGAACGACGUCACGAAGGGGAACAAUCCGGGGUGCGGGACGCAGGGGUUCAACGCAACGACUGGAUGGGACCCUGUCACUGGUCUCGGAACGCCUGACUUCUCGAAGCUCAAGGAUCUCGCUCUUGCUGUCUGAGCUACUAACCUUACAGUUAACAGCGGGCUUAAACCUGCUUUCGCUACCGUUUUCACUUUAGUUCUAAUGGUGUGAUCUAUUGAUCAUGUUGUGGACAUUUACGUUCUUCGGACACUUAUAUCGGUUGUAUAACAUACACACACGGACACUAGGCAUACUUGAUUGAUGCCGCUGUUAUACCAACUUGCUUUUGCACCCCUUCAUCUUCCUCCGCCUGCUCAGCCUAUUCAGGAAUGGAUCGACACAAGCGGCGACUCUCUCAGACUCGACGCGACUUCAGUGUGCCCCUCCCCCGUAUCCACCAAGCGCGCCCAUGCCUACCUGGACAUCUCCGUUGUUAUACGCGGUCCCUCCGCAGCUAGCCCCGUUCGAGAUGCCAGUGCUCAGACCGGCUCCAACAGCGCAGUUGGACGCGCAGCCGCCCGCCGCGAUGGUAAUCCCACCAGGGAUAUUCGUCGGCCCGGUCACGACACCUCCAUUGGACGCGACGCAUCCGCCCGGAGCAUAGUAGCACAUCGGGACGGGACACAGGAACGCCUGCUCGUGGUCCACGACUUUGGAAGAGAAGCCCCCGCCGUCGCGGUCCUUCGCAUCGCGCUCCCGCCGCUGCGUCUCCCGCUUCUGCCGCGCCUCCCGCGCAAGCGAGCUUUCGUGUUGCAGGUGCAGCGCAAACACGGCGUUGUGCUCGCUCGGGUGCGUCGCCGCCAGCGACAUCGCGUUGUCGGGCGGGAGGAGCGUGUCCCCGCCUGUGCUGUUACCGCUGCCGCUGCCACUGCUGAAUCUGCGCGAACGGAGUGACACGCCGCGCUUUACGAGUUUGCGCAGCUUCUGCCCGAUGCUGUCGCCCGGGAGCGGGCAGCCGCAGUGCAUGUAGGGCACACGGUACCGCAUUUGCCAUGUUCGGCAGGUCGCGUCGAAGGACGUGGAGAGGUGGUCUUCUUCGACUCUGUCGUCAUGGUCUACGUAUCGCUUGAUGUACGUGAUGCAGUCGUUCUGGUACGCGUCAGCCAUGAGCUGGUGCGUGUGCCAUGCGAGGUCGAUGUCGAGCGUCGGGACGAGGAAGGAAUCGGGAGAUUCAGCCAUGAGUCCGAUGAACGCAUGAUAUCGAGCGAUGCAGUGCUGUAGCACCACUUCAUCCUCUGGGGUAUCGAAGAAUCCAGGAUGCGUCCAGCCCAAGUCGAACAUCUUCUUGAUAAACGAACCCUGACGCAGGAUCGCACCGACUAGAUCGAGCGAGAAUAUGCGGUCGUCGAUGUACGUGCUGUAAAGCCGAUCCCUCACUUGAGUAUGUACAUACGGGCGCAUGGAUCCGUACAACUUCUUAGGGGACCAUUCCAGGCUCAGUAGUUUCUGAUGCACGAUCUUGUCGGCUUCGCGAGGAGUGUUACCAUUCUCAUCCGGAGAAGCCUGGGGUCCAGAGAACACUCCUUCAGUAACGCGUUCCCGGAUAAUGCUCCCGCGCUUCUCAUCGAAUAUCUCGGUGGGCGUAUGAAGAGUCGACGCGAGGUAACAGUCCGGAGGUGAGAUCUCCACCAUGUUCUUGACCAGCUUCAUCAAGCCCAGGACCUCUUUUGUGGUUGCAAAGCCGCAGUCGCACUUGUGACGAAACUUUUUCUGCGCAUAUCCAGUUCCUGAAGAUGUGAUGAAAGGAAUGGCGAGUUUUGCUGAGCAUAAAGGGCACUGAAUGUCUUUGUGUGUUAACACGGAGACUGCAUCAGCUGGCGCGUAUGGGGUGUUUGUCCGCUUCACCCAUGACAAAAGUCGCUCCGGAGAUGGGUUAUCAGUAAUGAGGAUAUCUGGGUUAGCAAGGUAAGUCUUCAUAUCUUCAGUAUACUUAUUCAACACUCCCAGUUGGCUCACACGCGUGGUGUCUUCUGCGUACUUUCCAGGGUUAAGCAAAUAAGUGUGCCAAACCAUCAAGACAUCAAGCGGUGGGAGGUUCUCCGAAGGGACGUCAUCAUGUCUGAUACUCAGACACCAACGCUCGAAACGUUCGACUGCGAUGUUCACAAACCAGCCCCACCGUGCAUCAGGUUCCAUAUUCUGCACAGCCUGUGGAAAUCUUUCGUCUCCACCCUGCUCCACAGCCAUCCGAAGUAUCCGGAAUGCAUGCAGAAGCACAAGAUGACCCUUGAGCUGAGCGAUUCUGACGAACGGAGCUGUUCUUCGGCCAUUUAUCAGAAAGGUUGUCGGAGGCGUGUGCUCUGUUAUCACGUCCAAGCUCUCGGCAAACGAAGUAGAUGGUGUGUCGAGGGAUUCGCCCGAGCUGACUCCCUUGAGGCCCUGUCUAGGUUUCUCGUCGAUGAUGGCUUGUGUGCUCGAGCUGGCGAUGCCAGAGCUGUCAUUAGUAUAUUCAUCUGCACGGUACGGAGGCGGUGAGCUUGGGUCCGGGUGUGUGUUCAUGCGCUGAGAACGUGAAGGAAGCGUGUUGAGAGAGGGCGCCACGAGUUCACAGCAAGUUUCUGCAGACCGUAAGGCUUUCCACCCGGUGAGUAAUAUGAUCCCGGGAGGAGUGGGGAUAGAAGGUGCACUGCUAUACUGGAC